GUUAACCUCGGCGUAAACCGCAGUUUCAGAGAGAAACGGUAGGCGACGGAGAUCUCUGCGGUCUCCGUCUCUAUGCUGCCGUUACUAAAGCCUAUCAACUACCUCGCCCCCAUGCUCGUCUCCGCCCUCUUCCUCCUCGUCCUCUUCUCCGGCUACCUCGAGUUCCCCUCCCUCUCCUCCCCCAUCCCCAUCCCUACCCCCUCCGUCCGCGUCAGGGGUCCCAAGUCACCCUUCACCGAUCUCGCCGCCGCGUUCGAGCUCUGGGACUCCCAGGUGGGCUGCGACCGCUUCCGAUCGGCGCACGCCAGAUGGGCGGCCAACGCCUCGGCCAUACAGGCCGACGGCGGCGAUUGUGCGGCGGUGGGUAUGGACCAUGUCAGCGUGCUCGUCAAGGGGUGGACUUGGAUCCCCGAUAGCAUGGACAAUCUGUAUUCGUGCCGCUGCGGAAAGACCUGCCUCUGGACCAAAUCGCCCGUUCUUGCCGAUCAUUCCGAUGCGAUUCUGUUCGAGAGCGCGACCCCUCCGUUGACGAGGAAGAAAGGUGAUCCACUUCGUGUUUAUAUGGAUCUUGAGGCCAGCAGAAAACCUUCAGGCUUUGAAGACAUAUUUAUUGGUUAUCAUGCCAAGGAUGAUGUUCAAUCCACAUAUGCUGGGACUCUGUUUCAUAAGAAUCGAAAUUACCAGGUCUCCUCUCAAAAAAGAAAUGACAUCCUUGUUUACUGGUCUUCUUCAAGGUGCCUUCCCCAACGAAACCAACUUGCUCAAAAAUUCUUUUCCCUCAUAUCCUAUCAUUCGUUUGGUAGAUGCUUGAACAACGUUGGGGGUCCUAACACUGCUCUUUCUCUCUACCCAAAGUGUUCUAUGGGUGAGAACUCUGUUCCACAUUGGUGGGACCACCUACAUUGUGCGAUGUCACAUUACAAAUUUGUCCUUGCCAUUGAGAACACCAUGACUGAGAGCUAUGUUACAGAGAAACUUUACUAUGCUCUUGAUUCUGGUGCUGUGCCCAUUUAUUUUGGCGCGCCCAAUGUUUGGGAUUUUGUACCGCCAAAUUCUAUAAUAGAUGGGUCGAAGUUUAGUUCUAUGGAGGAAUUGGCUUCAUAUGUAAAAGAAUUAGCCGAUGAUCCGAUUGCUUAUGCAGAGUACCAUGCUUGGAGGAGGUGCGGUGUGAUGGGAAACUAUGGGAAGACUCGUGCCACUAGCCUUGAUACACUACCAUGCAGGUUGUGUGAGUUUGUUAGCAGGAAAGGUGGGAGGAAUGCAAGAGCAUUGUAGGGUUUUGAUCUUUAGCCUUAAUUCAUAAACAAUUGUAUGCUUUGUAUCAAUACCUCAAGGAUGGGACUAUCACAGCUUUAAAUUAGAUUCUUUUUCUUUUUUUGUGCUCUCCAA